UCCACAGCCUCUUGUUGAAAGAAAAAUGAAGGCAUUUGCUGCAAUUUUCAUUUUGCUGGGAGUCUUCUGGACUCAAAGUUCUGCAUUGGAGAGUUAUCUCCUGCCGGGACCUAACAAUGAAUAUGUCACUGGGUCUAUGACCAUUGACAACAAGAAGAACUAUGCUGAUGUCCAUGUCCGAUCCGGCAUGUACUCCUCUGACACCAUUUUUGACUACCAGCACGGAUAUAUUGCAACAAGGCUGUUUGCACGACAUGCUUGUUUCAUCAUGAAAAUUGAUAGAGCUUCCAUCCCCGAGCUGCAAGAGAUUGGACGCCAGGCUUUUGAGAGACAGACUAUGAGGAAAAUUUAUUCUCCACGAGUUAUGUGGGUACAGUUUCAACCUGGUAAUGCCAUGUUUGGGAGCAUCAGAGAGUGGCUUCGCUAUGGUAAACCCAUUGAGCAACUCUGCAAGGGUCUACCUCUCUACAAGCUUACAAGGAGUGAACCACUGACUAAUUCCAACGGCUGUGCCAGUGCAGGAAUUCCAUCCAUUUUGGGCUUUAACAUCUGUGAGAAACUCAGAGAGAACUACUGAUCUGGACAGUCCUUCUGCUUGGAAGUGGCUCAUUUCUCUAUGUGCUUCUCUGAUGGUACACAUGUUCUUAAAAUGGAAGAAAACAAAAUCAAUUUACCUGUCCUGAGCUUUGGAAGCAACAAACAUAUGCUCUACAAAUAAAGAUAAUGUAGUAAUUCAAA